CAAUUAUCCAGACUGCGCCCGAACCACAAGUCCGUCGUCACUGCGGAUCCUAGCACCCGACCCGAACAAGCGCGGGUGGACACGCCGGUGCCGUACCGGCUACGCGAGGCCCGGCUUAGUGACUCCAACCUUGGUUGCUUGUCGCCCCAGCUCUAUCCGCGGCUCCUCCUCCAUCCACCUCCCAGCGCCGCCUUGAGGCCGACACGGAGACGCCAGCAGCGGACCACCCCGGCCGUCGCUAGCCACGUUGCGCAUCCUGGUCCCAACCCAUAGGAGCUGCAGCCAACCUUCGGCGGUUCGCAGAUACUAUGCAGAUACUACUCCAGGCCCAGCAUGGAAGCGGGGGGCCGAGACGAGACCCUGGGCCCAUCACACAGUCGACGAAAAUUCGAAUCCAAAACCCUUCCAUUCGGGCAACGGCCUCGUCAUAACUCGUUCUACCCGACCGCGCCUGCUCGCUCCUCGACUUGUCUAGCGGCAUUGGCGAUGCGACCCUGGCCCUGCCGUCGGAAUCCACAUGGUGAGACGGGUCGCACAGGCACUGGUGGGCCGCACUCCAUCCUUCGACACUGUAUGACUGGCAUCACUGGCGGUCCAGGCUGGGGAAAGCGGCGGCUUGGUUGAUCGGCCAAAGGCGGGGCCGUACAGGCAUUCCCACCUCUUUCCUCCUGGUCCCGUCUUCCCUUGGCCCCGCACCCUGCCUUGUGCUCCAGGAUCUUCACCUUCUCUGACUACUUUCCGUUCUUCCCUGUCAAUCUGUGGCCUGCAGGCAUGAGUAGAUGGGUGGUGCCGCUGGGCCCGCGCUCUUGACGUCGUAAUGGAACAUUAGCCAGCCAUCCCACACCUUGGUCUUGCAUCCUACAGGCCUCUCGAUUCGAUUGCGCCCCCCAGCCAUGCGCCUCGGGACAGGGACCUUUCUUCAACCUGGUUGUGGCUAGCUAUGAAAAGCGGACGGGCGCUGGUCAGACGCUCGUCGGCAGCGUUCGGCCUGUGUUGUCAUCCUCAUCACCAGAGUCUGCGGCGCCCUCAGCUUUUGUGUUCGAGCUGCUGCAGCAUUGCGGUGUACUUGGACCCGUUGCAUCCGCGUCGUACUACCUGCCCAAUCUUUUGAUACGGAAGUCCGAUUGGGCUCACUAUCAUCGUCAUGGGUGUCGACUGGCCCCAAAUGAAGCGAAAGCUCGAAUGCCCCAAAGAUGAGGACGCAAAAUACGAAAACACGGCCUGGUGCAACCGUGAUUUGAUUCCUAUUCCUCCGGACCGCCGCACCUAUGGCAUCUGGUCCUACGUUGGUUACUGGACCGUCUCGGGAUCCAAUAUCUCAGCAUGGUCAACGGGAAGCACUCUACUUGCCUUUGGCCUUAGCCCUCCGCAGGCCAUUGGCGUCGUCGUACGUUUACGUUACUGGCUCAAUUGCGUCGCUAACAGACCUCAAGAUCCUUGGCGGUGUCCUCACCGGCUGCCUCGCAGUUGCCUGCGGCUGGAUGGGUGCCAACCACCAUAUUGGGUUCACCGUAUCUAGUCGCUUCUCUUGGGGCAUGCGAGGCUCUUAUUUCCCCGUGCUGCUUCGCGUAUUCGUCGCAUGCAUGUGGUUUGGCAUUCAGGCCUUCUGGGGCGGCCAAGCUACCCGGGUCUGUAUUGGUGCCAUUAUUCCUGGUUUUGCCCACAUGAAGAACUACUUCUCCGCAAGCUCACAUCUUGAGACGAAGGACUUCAUCGGUCUUCUCAUAUGGAUGGCAGCCUUCAUCCCUGGCAUUCUCAUCAGGCCCGAGAGGCUACAGAUACCCUUUGUCGUGUGUUUCUUUCUCUUCUGCGGGUGCUGUCUCGGCUUGCUCAUAUGGAGUGUUUCUCAAGCUGGCGGCGUCGGUAGCAUGUUCCAGAUGCCUUCCACCACUCCCAAUGUCGGUUGGGCGUUCAUGUUUGGCAUCACCUCAAUUCUCGGAGCCUGGGGUGGCGGCACAUUGGGUCAGUCCGAUUGGACUCGAUAUGCCAAAACGAGGCACGCACCCACGCCCUCGCAGCUUCUCGCCUCCCCCUUGACGAUUUUUAUCACUGCUAUAAUUGGAAUCAUUGUCACGAGCGCCUCUCGUGAUGUUCUUGGAGGAGAAGUCAUCUGGAAUCCCAUCUUCCUUCUGGCGGCCAUUCAGGAACACUACCAGUCAAGCUCGGGCGUGCGGGCCGGCGUCUUCUUUGCCGCCCUUGGCCUAGUUGCUUCUCAGUUCUCGAUAUCCGUGGUGCUUAACUCCGUCUCGUGCGGCAUGGACAUGGCCGGUCUGUGGCCACGAUACAUAAACAUCAGACGCGGGGCCUACAUCAUGGCAAUCAUUGGAAUUGCUAUCCAGCCUUGGCAACUGCUUACCACGGCUGCCAAGUUUCUUGCAGUUCUCAGUGGCUUUGGUGUUUUCCUUGCUCCUGCGACUGGGAUUUUGCUCGCCGAUUACCUGGUCGUCCGACGUCGCAAGCUGAAGCUAAACGAUCUUUACGUCGGGGACCGUACCUCUAUAUAUUGGUUCCGAAACGGAUUUAACUGGCGAGCGUUCGUGGUCUUUCUCAUGAGCUGCUGGCCACUACUUCCCGGCCUAGUAGCAACAGUCAAUGGGUAUACUGGCCCAAAAUAUGACGGAUGGGUCCGCCUGUACAACUUGACCUUCCUAGUUGGCCUCGCCUGGAGCUUUGUCAUGUUCUGGGUUGUCAACAUCAUAUUUCCUGUCGAUGGCUUGGGGCAGGAGGCAGAAUUCGAAGACGAGGCUGUCUUCGGUGUCGGCGCCGCGGAUGGUUCAAGUGAUGUCAAUUUAGAGGCAGAGAAUGGGAACACAAGGAGUAAAGAGGACGUAGAUGUUAGGUUGGCACAUGCCUAAAUUGUUAGAUAGCCGGCUAACUAGGAGGCUAACCAACUAACCUAUAAUACCGCCCCUUAGCUUAACCUAUAAUAUAACACCCAAG